AUUGUAGUACAACAGACAUGGAAUCACUGUUCAUCGUUAGAUAUUCGUGAAAUUCAACGAUCCUUUUUUUAUCGGUCGCUUAAAAUGAGGAAAAAAUCGGCUGGUAGUUUAAACGAUCAGACAAAAACGAGCAGACAAACAGUAUAUCAGCGUGGAACUCAGAGAGAAGGAUCUCCGCAUUAUGUAUUUUUAUAUUCAGACGAUGAGAAUGAUGGGGAAGAAGACAUUCCAUUGGAGCCGAGAAAUAGAGGGAAAACAGUUCCACGCAAAGUUGAAGUUAUCAAAGUUUCUCUUAAACCGGACGACACUUUGCAGGCUCUGGCUGUCAGAUAUCGGUGUACAAUUUCCGAGCUGAAAAGGAUAAACAACAUACAUAAAGAAAACGAGAUUUUCGCUCACAGAUUCAUCAAAGUUCCAGUACAGCCGUUUUCGAUAUUCACAGAAAAUUUAAUCGAUUAUGAGCAACCGUCAACGAGCAAAGAAAAUGGAAUAUCCGUUGGGCAAUUUGGAGAGGCAAGCACAUUGCGAGAAGACCAUUUGAAAAAUUUAAUUGCAACUCCGAUCACAGGAUCGAUUUAUCAAAAUAGGGGUAUAAACGAUAUAAUAUUAAAUUCCAUUUGCGAGCCUCUCGUGAAAUCCACGGAUUGCGAAUCGAAUUUCAUCGCCCAGAAUACCGAAUCCGAACAACUGCUCUCAUCCGAGGAUCGCGAACUUUCCUCCAAUUUACAAACCUCCACGAUCGACACGUUCAAAUGCUCCGGAGCAGAUUGGGGCUUGUCUUGGACUCAUUUACUUGGUUUCUCCUUACUCCUAGUCUUUGCUGGACCUCUCAUUUAUAUUUUUUAUAUUGCCGAAGAAUCUCCCCACGAAAAUAGCAAUUAAUGUACAAAAGUACGUUCACCAAAUUUUCUUAUAGAGCUACGUUGAAGCACAGUGGAAGAAGCACAGAGUUUGACCAUCUUUCUUUCAAACAACGAACUUUUUGUUCAAAAAUUGAAUAUUGUGAUUGUGUCGUGUAAACGUCCGACCCCAUAGGGGCUUUUGGCUGAAGUGCUUCGUGGAUGAACGACCAUUUGAAUGAAUAAAAUUCAUUAUUUUUUUAAUGAAUACAAAUUGUCUAGUAAGCAAUCGGUCAGACUCUCUUUUGCUUUCACUACUUCCAACGAAAAAUUCAUUAUUCUCGCUUCGAUCACUGCCCUUUUACUUUCUAGGGUAUUAUCUUUAAGAAAACCAAACAAAAUUGUGUCAGUGUAUUUUGAAGGAUUUCAAAUCUUUCUAAUAUUUUGUCCAAGUUUACCAUCCCCUUGAAAUUCGUUAACGGGACAUUCGAAGCAACAGUUUGAAUGCUUGGUCGACCACAAAAUGGCCUAAUUUUAGAAAAUAAUUAUCAAAAUGAUAAUAAAAUUAAAUGAUUUUUCGGUUCGAAAUUCCUUCAACUAGAUAAAAUAAAGUCAUGUACGAAAAAUCGUAAAUCUUCCCAGACGAUAUAGCGACAAUAAUUCUACCAUUUAUCAAAUUGUUAUUCACUUAUUUUUAGUAUAACUAUCGACAAUGUUAAAGUUUUAUAUAAUUCUUAAGAGCAUUUAAAACGAUCAAAUUUACAAUCACCUUUUAUUGCUCUGUCGAAUAUUUUGAUGUGAAAUGAUAUAAUCGUUACGAAAAAAAAAACUAGGCUGACGAAACUCGCGGAUAUUCAAAUGAUGUAAAAAAAAUCACCAGAAUCAUCAAAACUUGUUGAAACGAAAAAAAAAGUACUCAAAUUUUCGGAAACACUUUUUGAGUCACCACAGUGAUUCGUAAACUUUAUUUGUCGCGUUUUUUAGCAAAAAAAAAAUGUGGACUAUGGACGACGUAAGACCAAAUAACGAAAAUGUGCCUUGACGUUUCUGAAAUAAUCAACUGGUUCUGAAUAUUUAAAAUGCAGAAUAUCAUGUUGUAAAAUAAAGUGUGGAAAAAGAAGUUUUAUCACUUGUUUUGAAGUGAUAAUUUUUCUGCGUAAAUUCACAAAUUAUUGAUAAACUUCUCGACGUUCCAUUUUUUCUCUCAUGUUUUUAUAAUAUAAAGACACGCUUCUAGGGUUUCUUUAGAAUAUUUUUAAAAAAAUUGGGGUUUUCGUUCUUGUUUUAUAAAUAGCUAUAUAAAUAUAAAUAGCAGCUAAACUUGUGAUUUUAUAAAUAACUUUUAUAAGGAAUUUUUCUCGCGGAAUCGUCUACAUUUAAAAUUGAAUCAAUAAAUUUGAUCGACUUUUAAAACACUCCUGUAAAUAACGUACGCUGCGAGACUUCAAGGUUCCCGCGAGAAGAAAUCUUGUGAACCAACAAAAGAGAAGGUCUUGGGCUCACAGAGAAUUUUUCAAUGGAACGCACCAUUUUUAUACUCGAAGCAAUUAUAUAUUAAUGCAAAUAAAAAUAUAUUUUUCAAACUGUAAAAAA